UUCAAAGUUGAAGACUCGCCCUUGGAGCCCGAGCUGGCCAGCUCGAAGAGAAAGCCUCGGGCUGAAGAUGCUGACCGGAGACCCGGGCCCGCAGGACGGCUCCUGGAGCGAGUUCGUCCCUUUCUUCUUGGGUCUUAGCGCCGCCUUCUACCUGGGCUACUACUGGGCAUGUGUGCCCCAGAAGCCUCGGCUGGUGGCAGGGCCCCAGUUCCGGGCCUUCCUGAAGGAGCACUGCCCUAUUAUUAUGGAAACAUUCUACCCUACGCCCUGGUGUUUCGAAGGGAGGCUUCAAACUGUCCUCAGAGUCUUUGUGCAGUCUCGGCCCCCUGUCUCCUACCGGAGUGAGGUGCUCCAGACACCUGAUGGGGGACAACUGCUGCUAGAUUGGGCCAAAGAACCUGAGAAUAGUCAAUACCCUGACCCUGCCAACCGGCCCACUGUGUUACUGCUCCCAGGCAUCACAGGCAGCAGCCAGGAGACCUAUAUCCUUCACCUAGUAUACCAAGCCACUCUAGAUGGCUACAGGACCGUGGUGUUUAAUAACCGGGGCUGCCGUGGGGAAGAGCUGCUGACCCACAGGGCCUUUUGCGCUGGUAACACAGAGGACCUGGAGAUAGUUGUGAAUCACAUAAAGCACCAGUAUCCACAGUCCCCACUGCUGGCUGUAGGAAUCUCACUAGGAGGGGUCCUGGUGCUGAACCACCUGGCACAGACAGGUAAAGCAGCAGGGCUGGUGGCAGCACUGACCCUGUCUGCAUGCUGGGAUUCCUUUGAAACCACUCGCUCUCUGGAGACACCACUCAAUGCACUGCUCUUCAACCAGCACCUCACAGCAGCACUCUGCCGAUUUGUGGGACGACAUAGGAAGGUGAUCGAGGAGAAACUGGAUGUGGACUAUGUGCUUAAGGCCCGUACAAUCCGCCAGUUUGAUGAGCGCUACACCACAUUAGCCUUUGGCUAUAAAGACUGUGAUACCUACUACCACUCAGCAAGCCCUGGAGCGAAGGUGGAUGCUAUCUGUGUCCCUGUGCUCUGUCUCAAUGCAGCAGAUGACCCAUUUUCCCCUCCCCAAGCUUUCCCACUACAGGCUGCUACACACUUGCCACAUGUUGCACUGCUGAUUACUUCCCGGGGCGGCCACAUCGGCUUCCUGGAGGGGCUGAUCCCAUGGCAGUACUGUUACAUGAGCCGCCUCUUUCAUCAGUAUGCUGCCGCUGUCUUCCAGCAUGCAGGGGAACUGCAGGCCCUCAGCGAAACCCCACCUUCCAAGGAAGGCCAAGGGCUGACAGACUCCUAGGAGAAGAGCCAUAGAUCUCAGCUCAGCUUCCCCUCAUUUAUUAAAUCUUAACUUUUACUUGUCUGACUCAUUGAGGUCCCUUCUCCUCCCCUCAUGGCUAGGGAUGGUCCAAACUUACUGCAGUGAUAGCCAGAUUGGCUAGUUAUAGGCCAGAUAUCUGCCUUUUUGCUCUGGACACUAGAAAUGCAUUCUCCCCCUUAUUAACCAUUUUCUGUAAACGUCUACAUCUCUUGUUUGUAUUAACUGUUUGGUUUGGCUGGAUUUCCUUCACAUGGAGAGACUCUAGGUAAUGGCCAAUGCUAUCAGAGACUGGAAACCAACCAGAUUGUUUGGGAUAAGACCAUGCCCCUUCUGAUAAAACCCCAGAACUUUACUGCCCUAGUAUGAAGGUGAUAACAUGCCUUUCAUAACUAAGAGGACUGACAAAACUCAGGAGGGCUGGGUAUGCUGACCAAGGGCAGUCUUUCCAAAGACUGUUGACUCCCCUUUUCACCCUCUUACUCCUAUGAGUGUGGGCUCACUUGAGGUCCUAGAGACAAACCUGGCUAUUUCCUUCCCCUGCUGCCCAUUCCUGCAAGCUCAUGCUUGUUUCAUUUUAGGCCUUACAUCUCCCCUGUGUGAAUGGAAAUUUAACAUAAUAAAAAACCUAUUGUUGAGGCA